AUGGCGAUUUACUCUCUCCUUGCGGGAGUCCUCUCACUCUCGGCUUUUACCCUGGCGGACAACACUCCCGGUCUUCCUUUUGUUAUCAAUACCUGGGGCGGCGACUUCACCGCUGCUACGGACGCUGCUUUUGGGGCUCUGCAGAAGACGAAGACUUCGGCGCUUGACGCCGUUGAAAUUGGAGGCUUGACCUGUGAGCGCAACCAGUGCGAUGGAAGUGUCGGCUUUGGAGGAUCUCCUGAUGAGAACUGCGAGACGACUCUUGAUGCGAUGAUUAUGGACGGAGGGAGUAUGAAUACUGGUGCUGUGGCGGCUUUGCGACGCGUUAAGAACGCUAUCUCUGUCGCUAGACAUGUCCUCGACCACACUAGCCACUCCCUCCUCGCAGGCGACCAAGCCACCGAGUUUGCUAUCCAGAACGGCUUCAAGACGUCGAAUCUGACGACCAAAGACUCUGCAAAGAAGUGCAAGGAGUGGAAGGCCAGUAAAUGCCAGCCCAACUAUCGACGCAACGUCAGCCCCAACCCAGCAUCUACCUGCGGUCCCUACCGUCCGUUGGCAACCAUCAAGAAGACCCAGAACAAACAGCAAGCCUCUCAUGAUACCCUUUCACUCGUCACCAUCGCUAAAGACGGCUCCAUGGCCGCCGGCACAACCACCAACGGCGCCUCCCACAAGAUCCCCGGCCGUGUCGGCGACGGCCCCAUUGUCGGAAGUGGCUCUUACGUCGACAGCGACAUCGGCGGGUGCGGUGCCACAGGUGACGGCGACAUCAUGCUGCGCUUCCUCCCCUGCUACCAAGCCAUCGAGAACAUGCGCAACGGGCUCUCACCGAAAGAAGCAGCCGAGGACGUUGUGCUGCGCAUGGUCCGCAAGUACCAUGACGUCCAUAGCGGCAUUGUCGUCGUAGAUCGGUACGGCAACCACGGCGCAGCGGGGAGUGGUUGGACUUUUACGUACAGCUACAGAGGUGGAAAGAUGAAGACGACAAAGGUUGUCAAGGUGAAGCCGGUGCAGGAGGUUUGA